GGCCGAGCCUGCCCGCACCCGGCGCUCCCGGUCUAACCGGCAGGAGCCAGCGAGGACGAGGGCCUCCCACCAGGAAGGGGAGGCAGAAAGCCAGCCCAAAUUACCGGUGGCGAACCGGUUAACCAUCCCAAACGACCGCGUCCAGUAGAUGGAGGCAAAGCUGGAAAGGAUGGAAAAGGAGGUCGGAGAGAAGAAUGAUCGGGACAAACCCCUGGCAGGGUCCCCGUUCACCACAAGGGUCCAUCUGACACCUUUCCCGCGAAAGGUCAAGAUCGACGCCCCCAGAUUCACUGGGAAGGAAGAUCCGGAAAUCCACCUGAACUCCUUCAACCAGAGUGCGACCAUGAACGGUUGCACCGAUGAAGAAAAGUGCCUACUUUUCUUCCAGACCUUGCGGAACCGAGCCACUGAAUGGUUCAAUAAGCUUCGCCCGGGAAGCAUUGACUCGUUCAGUGAUUUGGCCUCAAAGUUCAAGGCUAAGUUCCAGGAGAAUUGUACUAAGAGGAAGAAGUUCACCUAUCUUAGUACAGCCGGGCAGAGGGAGUCUGAGAACCUCACUCAGUUCCUUACCCGGUGGAAGGAAGAGGAGUUCUGCCGGAAACCCCCAGCCACGUACCAAGAGGCCUACCAUACUGCAUGGGAGUUUGCUGAAGCUGAAACCCAGCUCCGGGCAAAGAGAGAAGCUGAGCAUGGUCACAAGCCCAAGCCGGUGCAAGUCAAGAAGGAAGAAGCACCGGGACCUAGCCGGCCAAGGCACCACUAUGACCCGGUCAUCCGAGUGGUCAAUACAGAAGAAUGCCAAGAAGUCCGGAAAGCACCGGUCAUUCCUCCAGAAAACCCUACCGGUCAAGUAGGGCGGCAGUGGUCGGGCACCUAUUGUUCGUACCACAGGUCUGAUUCCCAUAACACCUCCGAAUGCAAGAGUGUUAAAGGUGUCAUCCGGCAGAUGAUCGACAGUGGAGAGCUGGGCAAAGAUUACUUGCAGAAAGCCCAGGAGAAGAGUCAUCAGUGGGUUAGGCCAACUGCCCCAGGGAAUGACCGGGACAAUGACCGGCGGAGGAAUAACCGGCCAAGGGAGCGGCAACCUGCCCCCGAAAAAGAACACAUCGGCAUGAUCUUCGGCGGACCCGAGGGUGGAGAUUCAGCCGCGCAGCGGAAGAACUGGGUCCGGAGCAUUUACGUGGGAGAAAGUAGAUAUACGGCGAUGGAAAAGACAGCCUAUGCGCUUUUCAUCUCCGCAAAAAAGUUAACAUCCUACUUCCAAGCUCACCCGGUAGAAGUCUUGACUGACCAACCGCUGGGUGCAGUGUUGCGAAAUUCAACAUCCUCCGGGAGGAUGGUGAAGUGGGCGAUGAUGUUAACUCAAUUCCACAUUGAGUACCGGCCGAGGUUGGCAAUUAAGGGACAGGCCCUUGCUGAUUUCCUAGUAGAAAUGACCGGUCUAACUCCAGACUUACCGGUCAACAAGCCCACUGAGCAAUGGUGGGAAAUGGCAGUUGAUGGGGCAUCUGGUCCUAGAGGAUACGGGGGUGGUAUCGUGUUCACCACCCCAGAAGGAUUCAAGAUCUACCAUGCAAUCGUCUUCAACUUCAAGCUGACGAACAAUGAGGCAGAAUAUGAAGCUCUGGCUGGAGGGCUCAGACUUGCCCAAGCCUUGAAAAUCAGCCGGGUCAGUAUCAAAUCUGACUCUAGCCUCAUAGUAGGGCAGGUGACCGGUAACAUGGAAGCAAGGGAAGGACGCAUGGCACAAUACAGGGACCUUGUGCUUGCCCUGUUGAAAGGCUUCGAAGAAUUCAAGAUCGCCCAAAUUCCCCGGGCAGAGAACGCGGAUGCAGACCUUCUCUCCAAAUUGACGCAGUAUGCUCCCAAGCAUGUUUCGAAACUUGCCCGGGUAGAGAUCCUUGACCGCGCAAGCAUCGAGAAAUUGGAAGUCGCCGCUAUAACUGCCGGAAGCCAGUUUGACCGGUCAAACUUGGUCGGGGCGGACGACCAUUGGAUGUAUAAUCUAAUGGAAUAUUUGACGGAUGGAAGCUUGCCAGAACAAGAUGACCGGGCAAGAAAAGUGAAGCUCAGGGCACCCCGAUUCCAGAUUCUUGAUGGAAAGCUGUAUAAAAGGGCAUUUGGGGGGCCACUCCGGAGAUGUCUAACCAACCGGGAGGCUGAGCGAGUCAUAGCGGAAGUCCACGAAGGCGUAUGCGCGGUGCAUCAAAUGUCCCGUAUGCUCUCCCAGCGCAUCAUCUUGUUGGGAUAUUACUGGCCAACAAUUGUCCAGGAUUGUGAAAGGCUGCCCAUCGAAGCUGAAUUCCCCACGUUUCGGGAGUCAAAUUAUCAACCCCAGCAGAAUGAGGAAGAUCACUUGGCCGAACUCAACUUGGUCGAAGAGCGGAGAAUGGCCGCAGAAGUCAAAAUGAGCACGUACCAACAAGUUGUGAAGAAGUACCAUGAUAACAAGGUCGGGCCGCGGUACUUCCAAGUCGGGGAUGAAGUCCUACGAAGAAGAGAAGCAAGUAGACCCGGCGACGGGGGAAAGCUAGCAAAAAACUGGGAAGGCCCAUAUCGGGUUAGAGCCAUCAUUCGCCCAGGGACAUACCGGUUAGAAACUCUUGAAGGGGUACCGGUAGAAAGAACCUGGAAUUCCCAUCAUCUUCGCAAGUUCUACAAAUGAUUGUAAUACUAGGCAAGGCCUACUUUAUUAUCAAUCAAACCGAUGAUGUUGAAUACUCUAUUUGGUAGCGGCACGAUUGAUAGGUCGAACCUAUCCUAGGAGGGCUUCCUGGGUGGAUCGAAUCCACUUGGCUAAGCCAACUGAGACACAGGCCCGGACCUGGCACGCUGGUUACUACACCGGUCUUGCUCAGUAUAAUAGAAAAAAUAUCAAAACCCGGAAGAGGGGCCCGGAAGAGGGUAUGCCUGCAAGAGGGCUGGACCUGGAAGAGGGUUCGAACUGUACUUACACGGGCCCAUGAGGUUUGACUGGUGUCGGGG